AUGCAACCGAGUAUAAUUUUGCACAGCUUACUUGAUUUGGGUAUAGGUGGUGCUGAGCGACUGGUUGUCGAUGCUGCACUGGCAUUAAAAGGAUGUGGUCAUGAGGUCAGUUUUUUAACGAAUCACCAUGAUCCGAACCACUGCUUUGAAGAAACAAGAGAUGGCACUUUAAAAGUGAAAGUCGUUGGAGAUUGGCUUCCCAGGAAGAUUUUUGGUAGAUUUUAUGCAUUUUGUGCGUAUUUUCGCAUGUUGUACGCGGCAUUUUUUGCAUCAUUUUUUCUAUCUCGUCGUGAACAGUUGGAUGUGAUAUUUUGUGAUCAAAUUUCCAUAGGCAUUCCUAUAUUAAAGUUGGCUAAAUGUAGUCCAAAGAUUUUAUUUUACUGCCAUUUUCCUGAUCAGUUGUUGAGUGCUGAAGGCGGUUACCUUAAAAGUUUAUACCGAGCGCCUAUAAACUUCCUGGAAGAAAUAACAAUAGGUAUGGCUGAUGGCACCUUGGUAAAUUCAAAAUUUACUUUAAGGGUCUUUCAUGAGACAUUUAGACGCCUACAUACUGUACCAGAAAGUCGAGGAUUAUUUAUGUAUAGCGCAGUAAACAAAUCUCUAAACGUCGGCCAGGACUCAUAG